UGCCCCCUCUCACUAUCCCCUCUUUUUUUUUUUUGCAACAGUCUGUCAACCAGAAUCACUUGGCAUGUUUACCAUUUCCCCAACAUCUCCCUCCUGAUGUAUUCUUGCUGCUGUGGAAAUUUAUCGAUAAGUGGGACCUGGAACUCAGGGUGCACAUUCUCUCCCAAGACAACCCGAAGGAGAGCGUGCAAACCUUCAUCCUGCAAGGACUUACUUCACUGCAAGGGCGUUAGAGUCUGCCUGGUCCUGUCCAUGGCUCUGCAGGAGCUGGGCAUCAGCCUGUCCAUGGUGGGUGUCGCUGGGACCAUCCUGAUCUGCGCUCUGCCCAUGUGGAAGGUGACGGCAUUCAUCGGCACUCACCUGGUGGUCAUGCAGGUGUUCUGGGAGGGGCUGUGGAUGACCUGUGUCAGCGAGUACACGGGCCAGAUGCAGUGCAAGCUCUAUGACGCCCUGCUGGACCUGUCGCCGGACCUCCAGGCGGCCCGAGGCCUUAUUUGCAUCAGCCUGUGCCUGGGAUGUCUGGGAUUCCUCAUCUUCCUCCUGGGGGCUCGAUGCACCAACUGCCUGAGCCACCCGCGGAUCAAGGCCCGGGUGGUGCUGAGCUCCGGGGCCAUCUUCUGCCUUUCGGCCCUCACAACCAUAGUGGCCGUUUCCUGGACGGCCAACACCAUCAUCAGCGAUUUCCACAACCCUCGAGUCCCCGAGGUGCUGAAGAGAGAGCUCGGAGCGGCCAUAUACAUCGGCUUUGUGACAUCUGGGCUGCUGUUCUGUGGCGGAGUCAUACUGUGCACAACCUGUCCACCGCAGAGAGCCAGGUUCCCCUCGAGUGGGUACACACUGGCCAAAACUCCCACAAGAUGCAGCUACGCCAUCAAGAACUAUGUGUGAAGGUCAGACUGAGCUUAGGAAAAAGAUAGUGAAUUGUGAUUUCUCAUUUGGCCAUGAAUAGAUAUAUACAGCCCACUGAUACUAGUUGAUACUGAAAAACAUAAAAUGACUCUGAACAUGUUCAAUAUAUGAAAGGACUCUAAAGCUGUGCUGUUGAAUUUAUAUAUCAUUUACAAUACAGUUAUUUUUAAGUAUCCGUAAAAUUAUUUUGUUAAUUUUCAAGGUCGUUCAGAGUAUUUGCAAUAGAAUAGAAUAGAAUUAUAGAAUAGCAUUAUUAGAUCCCCAUAUAUGAAGAAACAUAUUUCUUUUCUGUCUGAUACAGUUUUACAUUACUGAUACCUCACAUUUCAAAUAGCUGCAGUCCAUUUUAGUUUCCUCAGUUUUGUGAAGAAUGAUUGUGUUGUCAACUCCUUUCACAAAGGAAGUCAAAUAAUAGGUUUGUAGUUUAAUGUGUCUUUAUCCAGUGGAACAUUACAUUAAUCAUGCUUUAGUUCCCAUUUUAGUGAUUUUUUGCCACGUGAAAAGCUUGCGUGUUUGUGAUUAGUAUCUUAGAAUUCAAAAUAAAGACAGUAAAGUCAUCAAGUGUAAUCUGA